AUGCUUGAUCAUUUAUCACCAUCAAUUGAACAAUUAAAAUUAAAAUCAAAAUCAAUUUUAUCUGAUUGGCAAGAAUAUAAUCGUGUUUUACUUCAAAUAGAAAAAAUUAUACGUGAACCUGAAGCUGGUAUUGAUCGUCUUCAAACAAGUGCAAUCAAUGUUGAAACUUAUGAAAUAAGUACAAGAAAAAUUCAGGAGCAUUUACAAAUCAUGGAAUUACAUCGACAUGUUCUCGAUCAAAUUGUUUCUCAAGAUCGUCAAUUAUCCAGUCAAUGUGAUGGACAAACUUCAUUAAAAAUUAAUCAAAUAACACAUCGUAUUCAACAACAAUGGACAAAUGUUGAACAACGUUUACAAGAAAUUAUACGACCAUCAAGAGAAAUAGUUGAUAAUUGGAGACAAUUUAAUAGUUCAUAUCUUCAUUUACUUGAUCGACUUGGUGAACUUGAAGCUCGAUGGUAUACAAUUCAAAGAGAAAUAUUUACAUCAGAUAUAGAAUCACUUUUAGACAAAACAAAAGAUUUUCAACAACGUCUUCAACAACUUGAUAAUGAAAUAACAAGAUUAUAUGAACGAGCUCAAAAAUUAGCCAAUCAUUUACCUGCUAUAGUUGCUAAAAAAAUUGAUACACAAUAUUCUAUUAUUAAAAAUCAAUAUUUAGAAUUAUGUACAUUUCAUGAUAUACUUCAAAGUGAUUGUAAUGAAUUAAAACAACGUGAAAAAAUCUAUUUAGAUUAUUUAAAUGAAUUAAUAUAA